UCAACAGAUAUCCGCCUCCAGCAUCCUUCGACUGCUUCGACUUCUUUCUAUUCAAGAGGCUCUUCGUCAACCAAUCUCGGCAUUCCUCCGACCCCUCUUCCCCUUCCCUCCCGUUCCCAUCGCAGGGUACCCUCCUCGACAACGGUUAGUACAACUCAUCUUUCCGAUGUACCCUUCUAUCCUAUGGGUUACCGAUUGAUCGAUCUCACCCUUCUUUCAACAGGAAACCACAUUCAGCAACCUCCAACAACCUCCGUUUAUUCCUUCCGUCGAGAGUACCUUAUUUUUCAAGGUGUGUUUUUGUUAUGCGGUUUAGCGUUUGACACCAUUUUCGAUCGCUUUCUUCUUCCCUCAAGUGUACCCUCAUCUCCCACGGAACCCAGCAUUUUCGACGCUAGUCAAGCUUCCCCUUCGGCCUUCGCAGGGUAACUCACUCGGCCUUCUCCCAUCAUCAAGCCACCGCAUCAACGACCAUUUCAGCCAUGACUGUGAUUUUCUCUUUUCCGCAAGAUAGUCCAAGUUGGUAACCUCAUCUUUCUGCUCUAACUUGUAUCCUCAACUGACUUAACCGACUGACCUCGCUCUUCUCCCAACAGCAAGCACUUCGACUGCCUCUUCAGCCACGAGUGCAGCCUCUUGCUUCCUCGCAACAUACUCCUCGUCUUCCAGGUUAGUCUAUCGACUCUUUUCGACCCGCCUCUGUACUCGAAAGUCGCCUAACUCUCUGAUUUGGGUCCUCUCUUAUCAGCAAGCCGCUUCCGCCACCUUCCUCUGCUCAAGGUUCCUCCUCCGCCUCAUGAGGUAAAACGACCACCCCCUCCUUCUCCCUCCUCCCGAGAGGUUAAACCGAAUCUCCUAACUUGAGGCUAAACGGUACUCCUUACCGGGAGUGAUAAACCGGCUUCGUUGAGAACCACCUCCAAGUUCCUCCAGCCGCGCGCUUUCUCGAUAAUACUCGAUUCCAAGUUCUCGUCCGUUCUGCAUCGUAAACAGUUCUUCACCCAUUACCUAGCCUCAGCCCGCUGCCAAGCUUGUCAGUCCUUUCCCCCGUCAUGACCAACACAUCCGCAGACUCUGUCAGUGUCAUUUCGCGGCACACGGUGCGCUGUGCCAACGAAACAUCAUGGUCAGCGCUUCUCGAUUCUCCAUUUCGCCUCGGCCCAUUCGAUCACCUGGUGGAUCCCUCUAUACCCACAGCAGUCGUCUUCGUCUACGAACAACCUACCUCAACUCCCGACGUCGAACUCAUUCCAGUCGAGCGCCUCCAACGCGCUUUGACGCUGCUACUGGACUACUACCCGCACCUUACUGGACGCCUGCAAGUCAACCCGAGCGACGGAAGCCGCGAAAUCACUUGCCUAGGCACUGGCGCUGAACUUUACAUAGCCCGGUGCAGCGAACGGCUGAAUGCAUUCUCUUCUCCUGGACUCCUUUCCCCCGGCCGCAUCCUGAUGUCGAACCUGCCCGCCGCUGGCAACGUACUGCUGGCGCCCUUCGACGCGACUCUCGAGGGCGUUGGCCGCGACCCCAUCUUCACCGUUCAGCAUACGCGCUUCAGAUGCGGAGGUGUCGCGCUCGGCGUGCGACUCCUUCACACAGUGUGCGACGCCGAUGGCUUCUUCCAGCUGAUGCGCGAUCUGGCGGAGCUGUAUCGCGGUGUCCGGUCCUCUGAGAUAGAUGGCGAUUCGACAUCACAUUUCCCGUCGCUGGCUCACCCUCCUCACAUCCGGUCCUGCAUGUCGGAGCUAAGUGGUGGCAAUAUUACGCUAGAGGAGCGGCUGGCAGCUCUUGACUUCCAACCGUCGCUAUUCUAUGUAGAGCGGAGCGCGGACGUUGAGGGCGGUGCUGCGGCAGUUGCCUCUUCCACGUCCUCCGUCAUUCCUUCUUUUCCGCCCUCUCCUCCUCCUGUCGUAGGACGUUUCUUGCGCUUCUCCCACCGCGAGCUCAAUGCUCUCAAAGGACACGCGACGGACCCAAAUGGCAGCACAUCAUCGGACAGCUGGAUAUCCACCUUUGACGCGCUGUCGGCGCAUCUCUACCAGCGCGUCUAUCGAGCGCGGUUGCAGCUGCAUGCAAAAGACUCGAACCAGGGCGAACUGUCUUCCCCCAACUUCCUCACCCCUGUCAAUCUCCGCAAUCGCCUUGGCCGCGACUGCCUCCCAUCACGCUACUUCCCAAAUGCCUUAUUCUGUCCGCACAUCACCCUCUCGCACGACGUCCUCGCCAACGGUCCGCUCUGGCAAGUCGCCAGAGCCCUGCACGACUUGACGCGCACCAUCUCUACGACUUCGAAAGAUGAGCUGAACCAAAGUCUUCGGUGGAUUGCGAUGCAACCGGACAAGAAGAAAAUCAGGCAGGGCUUCCAGUACGGGAAUGGAAGCUUAAUGGUAAGUCAGUGGAACAAGUUUGACAUGUACGCGGGUACUGUCUUUGAGGUCGGGCCAGUGCUGGUGUCGCCGCCCUUCACGCCCGUUACGCUGAUUGAUGGGCUGGCUUAUUUUUUGCCAACGGAGGAGCAGGGCACAGCAGCAGCAGCAGCAGGGGACACGGGCGCUAUCGAUGUGAGCUUGGCGUUGAACCAGCCUCUUUGGGGCAUCAUUGAUCAGGAUGAGGAGUUUCGCAAGUUCCGUGAUGCAUAGUCGUCGUGUUGACAUGUGCAACGAAUGCCUCAUAAAAAAAUCUUCUAAAUAUUUUAUUGAAUACUCUGAAUAUUAAUCUUAUAAAUACAAUCUUAUAAAUAAAUAAAAUAUAUUUAAACUAA